CCAUCAUGCAGCAGGAUCCAGCGGAACCUAUGGACGGGAACCGUUAGCAGACGUUUGGCAGGAUCUUGCUGAAAACUUCUUGAGAAGUAAACGGUCUGCGGCUGUUCAGACUUCCGUCCAAGCGCUGCCCGGUUCGGCGGAACGGCGCAGGUUCGGCCGGUGUUUCUGUAGAGGGGGUUCACUGAGACAGGCUGGGCGGGUCGCUAGUUCCGCUCCGCCAUCGCAGCGCAGUCUGAGCGGCAGAGUUUAGCAGGAAAAGCAGCGCUUAGAGUGAAAAACCUGCUCGGAUCUGAAGAACCGCUGCUCCGGUUUCGCUCACCAGACCCGGUUUUCAGCUCGGCCAGGCGGAGAGACCCGGAGACCCGGAGACUUUCUUCUGCGGAGCGUCUGCUGCUGAGUCGGUGAGUGAAGCGCGGUAGCUCCGUUCGUCUGCGUGUGUUUCCCUGUCAUGUCUGAUAACGGUGAGCUGGAGGAUAAGCCCCCCGCCCCCCCAGUCAGGAUGAGCAGCACAGGCAGUAAAGAUGGAGUUCCAACCAAUCACAGCUCGAAGCCCCUCCCCUCCGUACCCGAGGAGAAGAAGCCCUCUCGCAACAAAAUCAUCUCCAUCUUCUCUGAGAAAGGAGGAAGAAAGAAGGAUAAGGAUAAAGAACGGCCUGAGAUUUCUCCUCCGUCUGACUUUGAACACACCAUUCACGUCGGUUUCGAUGCUGUUACAGGAGAGUUCACCGGUAUGCCGGAGCAGUGGGCUCGACUCCUGCAGACCUCCAACAUCACCAAAUCUGAGCAGAAGAAGAAUCCUCAGGCUGUGCUGGAUGUCCUCAAAUUCUACGAUUCAACGGGCAAUGGCAAGCAGAAAUACCUCAGCUUUACAGAUAAAGAUGCCCCACCAGUGAAGAAAGGUUCAGAGCCAUUGCCUCCCAGUACCAAGGACUCUGAUGACCUUGAUGAUGAUGAUGCUCCUCCACCUAUAGUAGCACCUCGCCCUGAACACACCAAAUCUAUCCUGACUCGUCCCUCCAUGAUAGACCCCCUGCCCCCACCCGCUGCCAGCGGGGACUCGGACACCUCCAGAGCUGCAGACCGGCAGAAGAAGGGCAAGGGCAAGAUGACUGAUGAGGAGAUCAUGGAGAAACUGAGAACGAUAGUGAGUAUCGGAGACCCUAAGAAAAAAUACACGCGAUACGAGAAGAUUGGACAGGGAGCAUCUGGUACUGUGUUUACUGCCAUCGAUGUUGCCACAGGGCAAGAGGUGGCCAUAAAGCAGAUUAACCUGCAGAAGCAGCCGAAGAAGGAGCUGAUCAUUAAUGAGAUUUUGGUGAUGAAGGAACUCAAAAACCCCAACAUCGUUAACUUCUUAGACAGUUUCCUGGUUGGUGAGGAGUUGUUUGUGGUGAUGGAGUAUUUAGCUGGAGGUUCUCUGACGGACGUGGUGACAGAAACGUGUAUGGACGAGGCCCAAAUCGCUGCCGUGUGCAGAGAGUGCUUGCAGGCUCUGGAGUUCCUGCACGCUAACCAGGUCAUCCACCGAGACAUCAAGAGUGACAACGUGCUGCUGGGCAUGGACGGGUCCGUCAAACUGACGGAUUUCGGCUUCUGCGCUCAGAUCACUCCAGAGCAGAGUAAACGCAGCACCAUGGUGGGCACCCCCUACUGGAUGGCCCCUGAAGUGGUCACGCGUAAAGCUUAUGGUCCCAAAGUGGACAUCUGGUCCCUGGGCAUCAUGGCCAUAGAGAUGGUGGAGGGAGAACCUCCGUAUCUCAACGAGAAUCCUCUGAGGGCAUUGUACCUCAUUGCCACUAACGGCACUCCUGAGCUGCAGAACCCGGAGAAACUUUCCCCAGUUUUCAGAGACUUCCUGAACCGCUGCUUGGAGAUGGACGUGGAGAAAAGAGGUGGCAGUAAAGAGCUCCUACAGCAUCCUUUCCUGAAACUAGCCAAGCCUCUGUCCAGCCUCACUCCACUUAUACUUGCUGCCAAGGAGGCCAUGAAGUGCAGCCGUUAGCAGCGGAAAUGCCGUGCCAGCGCUGUGCCGGCAUGUGCCCGCAGUGCCAACUCCCCACCCCUUCCGGCUGCCGGUCCCCAUUUGGACCUUUCCCACUCCACACCUCUGAACAGAGCCACAGCGCCCAGAUCAGUGGACAUCAGCGGCUCUGCCCAGACUGGCUGACCUGCACAAUCAGCACCUCACCCCCAACCCUGCUCCAAAACUCCACCCAAAUCCAGACCCUGCCCCAGAACUCCACCCAAAUCCAAAUCAUGCCCCAAAACUCCGCCCAAAUUCAGACCCUGCCCCAAAACUCCGCCUAAACCUUCAUGUAAAAUCAAGCCCUGCUCCAUAGCUCCACCUAAAACCCCACUCCAAAACUCCACCCAAACCCAAACUCUGAUCCAAACCUCAUUCUUGAAACUCAACCCACACCCCUCCCCCAUUCUCCACCCUAAAACCUUGCACCUUAAAACCCAAAAAACUCCACCCCAAAGUUCACCUGAUAUUGCUAAACAAAUUGCGCCUGCGCCCCAAAUCCAAAACUACAUCCCCGUCCCCGUCCCCUCGCCAAAGCCUCAGUGUUCGGCUCCAUCACGAGCCCAUUAAACACCAGAGCCACAAACAAAACCACGAACUGUAACGUUUGUCUAGAUUUGUCUAGCAACUUCUUUUUGUCUUUUUUUGUUUUGUUUUUUUUAUAAGCAGUUAUCACUGUUGCCUUGGUUUCAUCAAACUACCUGACCAGUCAGUGAAAUUUAUUGAUUGAAAAUCAUUGUUACCCCUUUCUCAGAUUAGCAUUGAUACUUGAAAUCUCAUAUCACGGCCCCUUAAAGCCCCAAACGACCAGUCACUCGUGCCUAUUACCUGUCUGCCUUACCCUCGUCUCCAAAUGUGUAACUCAAUGGAAACGUUUGCUGUAUGAAAAUGAAAAGAUUUGUUUCUCUCUUUGAUUAAAAGUUUAGAUUUUUUCUUUUAGGAAAAACCUGUUAAGUUGAAAGUGUAUUAAAUCGUUUUGUAUAUUAUGUACUUCAGUAGCAAACCUAAAUGGAAAAAACAAACAAACCGGAAUCGGGAAUUUUUGACUAGCUGUUUUAUAUUUAUGGAUAUGUAUACUAUAUUUUAUAUUUUAACUAACAAUCUGACAAAAUACUGCAAGUUAAUGUAUUUUCAAUUGUUGUCUUAGAAAUAAUAAUUUGCUGUAUUUCUAUGUAUGUGAAAUCUAAUUUGUUUUACAAGAGAAACUACAUUUCAUUGAAAAUCCUUUUGUAGAAGACAUUCCAGAGACGUCAGCAUUACAUUUCUGGUCUUCCCCCCCACAAGAAAUUAAAGUGUUUUUUAAAGAUGAAA